AAUAAACAAGGACAAAUUUGUUGAUGAAAGUCAUAGCAAAGUGGGAAACAUAGGGAAAGAUAAGGGAGCUGCAGACUGUGAUUUUCGGAGGGCUGUCUCACCAGAUAUGACUGUCCAGGGGGGUAACCCGACCGGGCUUACCCCAAACCCGACCGGGUCUCGCAAACAAACUGCCCAGGGGGCUGGAAAGGCUGCGGAAGCUGCUGCCGCUGAUAUUCUACCUGCCCAGGAGACUGCCGAUGAUGUGCAAACUGUAAAGAAGGGUUCCAAGCUGUCCAAGAAACCUGCCCAGGGGGCUGGAAGCGCUGCGGAACCUGCUGCCACGGAUAUACAAUCUGCCCAGGGGGCUGGAAGCGCUGCGGAACCUGCUGCCACGGAACAAUCUGCCCAGGGGCAUGCAAAUGGCGUGCAAACUGUCAAGGAUUCCAAAUGUGAGAACAAGUGCUCGGAUGUAGGUUCUGAAGUCAUCGUGGAGGAUAUUGAGAGGGUAGUGACGGAUGAAAAUGACUUGCAUCAACAUGAUGUUGUCAUCAAAUGUGAGGUAAUAAACGGUAAGACGCUCAGCUUGGUAGUCAAACCGUUUAGAUUUGUGCAAGCAAGUGUGAUUAGAGUGGAUACCUCUCUUCGACUUACGGAUGAUUUGGAUAACAAGGGCCUAACAUUUACUACUAAAUGUUUUGAGGGCUUACCGGGGUAUCUUAAAAAGAAAGGGGAGGUGUGCUUUGGCUCAAAGUUCACUACUAUUUUCCGUGAGUUCUUUGGAUGUUAGAUUAGGGUCACCUAAUAUUUUGUUGAGGUUUUCGUGAACUCUUGUUCCCUAGGUGUUUGGGUUCAAAUUGUUGACUUUUGAGAUUGUGGUGUUUUGAUUAUGUGGUAUCCCAUUCAUCGGGGUAUGCACUUUGCUUGUACACAUUGACUUGUUAUUUUCUUUGGGUGUUAAUAUAUAUUUUUACAUUUCAUCCAAAAAAAAAA